GCACUUGCUCCGUCAAUCAACACUGACAACCUUCUCUCUUCACUUCUUUUUCACUCUUCUUCUAUACAAUAAUGGCUUCCAAAUCAACUACUCUUCUGCUGGCCCUUUUCCUUGUGAUGGCUACCGAGGUUCAUUCAUAUGAUGAGGAAGUUAAGAUAAAGAUGAACUACGUGAAAGCUCCAGUGUCAUCACCGCCUCCUGCCCCUCCUGUGGUGGCGCAUGUUCCUCCGCCACCAGUGAAGCCAGUAACUCCUCCUCCUCCAGUCGUGAAGACACCAUAUCCAAGUCCUCCGGCGCCGGAGAAGGCCCCGGUUCCACCGCCUCCAGUGAAGCCGCCGGUCGCACCAGCUCCGCCUCCAGCUCCUAUUGUUAAAUCAAACAAGGAUUGCGUGCCACUAUGCGAGUACAGAUGCCAAUUGCACUCGAGAAAGAGAGUUUGUGUUAGAGCAUGCACGACAUGCUGUGAACGAUGCAAAUGUGUUCCGCCUGGCACCUACGGCAACCGCGAAGUCUGUGGCAAGUGCUACACUGAUAUGCUCACCCAUGGCAACAGACCCAAGUGCCCUUAAUUUUAUCUUACCUUUCGUAUUUUCCUAAGCUCUUUCGUCUUCAACUAUUUAUGUUGUACUCGUCAUCAUUGCUUUUUCCGGUGUUUUCUUCACUUUGAAUGACUGGGACUGAGGAAGCACUAAGUUAUUUACCGGCUGUACGCUAUUAUGUAGGUCAACACUCUCCGUGUUGUCCAUAUGAUCCCCAUAGUUCCGAGAUACUAUCUCUAGAAACACUAUAUUUUUCGAGGCUAUUAAUUGCUUGAAAACUUCCAUUUUCUUUUAUAA